CCCGAAACUUCUGCGAUUUGUCUUUCUCCUUCACUUCAGUCUACUCCUUUUCUCGCUGUUUUCCCUCUCUUUCUCUCUCGAGAUAAUAAUCCAAUUCAAUCCAAUUCAGUUGAUCUGCAGAUCAUCCAACUACUUCGACGAUUCAAUACUUCAAUUCCGCAUUGAUGGAUCAGGACCAGGCUUCUGAAGCCCUAAAUUCACCUUCCGCUGCAAUCGGCAAAAAGCUCAACGCCAAGGCUCCUGAAUUCGUGCCCCGCGCCUCCUCCGCUUCCUCCACCGCCGCCCAGCCUCCGCCGCCGACGCUGCUUCAGCCUAUAUACGCGAGGCCGCCGUCUUUUGUGGCGCCUCUGCCACCGCCCUACUACGGAUACGAGGCCUUUUACCAGCAAGAUGCGGCGCCGUUCUACGCGUAUAAUGCGAAUCAAGGCGGUCGGGGCGAGGAUCCGGCUGAGGGAAACGCCGGUAGCUCCUCGGCAUCGAAGAAUGGAUUGUCCGAUGCACAUCAGAAAGUAGUCAAUCAGGUUGAGUUCUAUUUCAGUGAUAUCAAUUUGGCAACAACUGAUCAGUUAUUUAGGUUCAUGAGCAAUGAUCCUGAAGGAUAUGUGCCACUUUCUGUUGUUGCAUCAUUCAAGAAGGUAAAAAGUGCCAUUACCGACAUUACGCAGCUUGCAAGUAUCCUGCAGACCUCAAGUAAACUGUUAGUAAGUGAAGAUGGCAACAAUGUUAAACGGAAGCAUCCAUUAACUGAAUCAGAUAUGGAAGAGCUGCAAUCUCGUAUAGUCGUUGCUGAAAACUUACCUGAAGAUCAUUCCCACCAGAAGCUCAUGAAAAUUUUCUCAUCUGUAGGAAGCGUUAAGUCGAUUCGUACCUGUGCGCCUCAGAAUUUAAAUGGCAAAACAGGAAAAGGUGACAGAUCACACUUUUCUGGCAAGUUUCAUGCUUUUGUGGAGUAUGAUUCUGUUGAAUUUGCUGAGAAAGCGGUCACUGAACUGCAAGAUGAGAGCAACUGGAGGAAUGGACUGAAAGUUCGUUUGCUGCUUAAUAUUCCUGUGAAAUCUACGCAAGCACGAACAAAGAAAGCUGUUCAUGAGGGUCAGCCUUCUGGUAAGAAGGACGAGGCUACUGUUAGGGAGAUGCAGGCUUUGAAGGAGAAUCACUUGGAAGAGUCGUUGCAAAACUGUGUUGCACAAAGUAAUGAACUUCAGUUGGAGGAUUACGCAAAAGGCAAUGGACUGAAGAAGGGGCGCAAUACUGGAAGUUGCGGUGGAAACGGUGGUGGGAGGGGCCGAGGAAGAGGAAAGGGACAGGGGCAGGGACGUGGACGCCAUCAGCACACGGCUAAUGGAGGAGGAGCUGCUUUGGGAUCCACGUCGUUGGAUGUCCCAGUGUCGAACAACUCAUCCAAGACAUCCCCAGUUCCUCGCAUGCCAGAUGGCACCAAGGGAUUCUCUAUGGGGCGAGGGAAGCCGUUAGCCAUUUAAACACGAGCAGGUAUGGGAGUAUCCAUCCUCGGCUUAACGGGUAGUCUGUCGAUUUGUGAAUCAGGCUAUGCUUUGUAACAGAGUGAUAUGAUUGUUGGACUUGAAAGAAAGCUCUAUAGUAGUAGCAUUGGUGUUUCCCUAAUCAUUUUUAGAAGCCCCCUUCUCUGUAGAUAUUCAAAUGUUCCAUCUUCAUCCAGAUAUUAUUAUACCCAUGUGAUAUGAAUGAGAGCAAGAAAGUAAAGCCAAGAAUUACUUA